GUUUUGUACCACUCAAUUGCAACAUAUUUUUUAUUUACCUUGUGAAUGCUCUUCCAAAAUUCUGUGCAAAAUGUGUCUCAUCCGAACAACUUUGACUGUAAUAAUCAUAACUUUAAACUUGUGCACUGUUCAACCGGAAGCAUCUCUACCAAAUAAAACCACGUCACACGUAGAAGGGAAGGGUGACAGACACUCGAAACAAUUCUAUCCCCUGAAUAAUUUUCCUACAAUCGAUUACCAAACAUUUUUAAUCAAUUACUUGUACGGAAGCGGAAAUCCAGCUUUCCCACGACUUGGACAUGGGGGAUGGACGCCAAAUCCGAAACCGAGAUUAGUCUGCCACGUAGUAAAGCAUGGCGAUCUAGGGGCCUGUUAUUCCGAUCGCGACUGUGCUACAUCUCCACUUGGUAACAAUUGUGACGUCCUCAGAGGGAACUGCUACUACAAUUUGGAUCAACAAAUUUUACGCGGUCAAAAUUCACAAACUACUAGGGGUUUUUUCCCAUUUGGGGGAAGAAAAAAAGGAUUGGGAGAGCAGUGCGUUAGAAAUGACGAGUGUCAAGAAGGUUUGGUCUGUUAUACUCGCGGAGUUUGUGGGGACUAUGUGUUUCGCGGCUAUGGAUAAUAUUUCCAAUUAAGGGACUUGUCUAAUGGUAGCGAUCGAAUUGAAGGUCCAAGGCAUCCUAUCCUUCUCAUGUAAUUUUUGUAUGGGGAAAAUGAGGCACCUCAUUUUGUAUUACCAAAUGUAUGUACAGGAGCCAAAAUUCGCCGAAAAUUCGCCACCUACUUUGUGAAUGUGGAGUCCCUAAGAAAUAAGAAUAUUAUAAUAAGGCGGUUGGGUGGUGCCCGUGUAGUCUUGUAAAUUUGUUGUAUGAUAUUAUUAUAAAGUUACAAAUAUUAACCUCUUUACCCAUACACAUAUAUAUUCCCCAUAAAUUAAUUAUCGUUAGAGGGGUAAGUACAUAUAUGUACAUAUGUUUCGGACACACUAAUAAACGGAGAGUGGGAAAAUUACAAUAUCAA